AGCUUCGUUCAGAAUCGUUUCAACACUCGUCCGGGUAACAACGCCAGCUCUCAAAGUGCUCUCUCUCGGCUUUUUGUCGUUCGCUUCGCAGUUGGUAGCUGAAAAUAAAAAUUUAAGGCAAAUCAGCAAAGUCGUCUGUGCCGCGGACACUUACGCGUAGGAAGAGGCGCGUGCGUGAAAAACGUAAACGUAAAAUCGCAAACUGAAGUGAGCAGUAGGAGUUGUUACGGAAUUUUGAUAAAGUGCGAGAUAAUAUGCCAUUUAGAAGAGCAUUAAUCAAGUGACAGAACUGUGCCUUGUGGAGCUUGUAAGGAAUAAACAUAAUAUUUAAAAAAAGGUGAACCAUCAAAGUGAUUCGAAGUGAAAAGAAAAUACAAAUCUGAUACAAGUGAACUUUGCGCUCAUACAGCUUGCAAGGAUUUAUACUUAACUGUGGAUACGCGGCAGUGCUACAAACUAAGCAGAAUGGUUACCGGAAUCGGUGCCUCGCAGCAGCAGCAGGUUGGCGCAAUGCCGACCACUUCGCAGAUGCCUCCAAAUGAGCAGCAGCCGGUGGUGAAGCGACCGGGCGACAAUCGCAGGAGCAACAAACCUAUCAUGGAAAAACGGCGCCGUGCUCGGAUCAACAAUUGUCUGAAUGACCUGAAAACCUUGAUUCUGGAUGCAAUGAAAAAAGACCCGGCUCGUCAUUCGAAACUGGAGAAAGCCGACAUUCUAGAGAUGGCCGUGAAGCACCUACAGAACCUGCAGCGACAGCAAAAUGCCAUGUCCCAAGCGACUGAUCCCAAUGUGAUGAACAAAUUCAAGGCAGGAUUCAACGAGUGUUUCCAGGAGGUCAGUCGAUUCCCCGACAUGGACCCAAUGACCCGGCGUCGUUUGGUAGCUCACCUGAACAACUGCAUUAACGGAGUGAAAGCUGACUUCCCAAAACCCCGCCAACCGUCCGUCCAAGUGCACAUACUCCCAUCACCACCGAGUUCUCCCGAGCAGGAUCACCUUUCGCAAUCACAUCCUUCCCAGAUCAACGCCGUUCAAACCGGAAAUGGAGUCUUUUUCACCAACCAAAUCGGAUCCAGCGUGCAGCUGAUCCCAACGAAGCUCCCGAACGGAAGUUUAGCAUUCGUUCUGCCCCAAGCAAUCCCAGCAGCGACCGCUCCCGUCCCGAUGCUGGUUCCCAUACCGAGCCGUACCGCAUCCACCGGAUCAGCAGCGUCCAGCCAUUCGUCCGCCUCGGUGUAUGAUCGCGUUCCACGCGAACAUGCCACAUCACCUUACCAUGCUCCGCCAAGCCCCGCAAACUCCAACUACGAGCCCAUGGAUUGCCAUUCGACCGGAACUCCCGAACAGCAGCAAUAUCUCAACUCGCAACAGAUGCGCUACCAGCAGCAGCAGCAACAGCAGCGAUCCUACAGCCCAGACAGCCCCCUUUCGCUGGUCAUGAAAAAAUCCUACCAGGACCCGAACCUCAACCAGGACGACAGCCAACCGUGGCGGCCGUGGUAAAUCUGACCGCCCGACCUGGACACGUGUUAGUCACAUGCGUUGAGUCAUAAAACAAUUAGUACCUAAGUCACCGGGCAUCAAACGAAGCGCGACAACAGCGCUGUUAACGGUAGCCGGAAGUCCGAAUGAGCUCGUGUCCACGAGCACCACCCGAGUGAACAAUGUUAGUGCUCCGCGUAAAUCACAAAUGCCUCUACUGAAAUAGUUCAAAUAGCGUGCCCCGCGUGUGUUUGUAGCAGCAAACGAGAUUAGCUAGACAACAACAAUGUAGCUGACCGAUCGAGGUAACGGGAGGUUACGAGCGACGACGCCCAUGUGAGUGCGCUUUCCCACACUCGCCUGUUAUUUGCCGUCGCAGCAGACAGCGACGAAAUCGUACUACAAAUGAAUAAAAAAAGUGCCACGGCAAGUGAAUGUGAGAGAAGUGCGAUCGUCAGUUAGCCUAGCGGCCAAGCGGGGGCCAACAGGGGCGUUUGUGGAAGCAACAAAAAUGUGAUUUUGUUACAAAGUGUGCAACUGAAGCGCACCCAGCGGAAAAGAAGACAAAGACAAGAGCAGUAAAACGAAAAAAACCAGCCGCGCGCGGCACGAGGCAAUUUAUUUUUACUUCGAACAGUUUUUUUUCUCUUCUGUUCCGCGACCACACAGCAUAUGGGUGAGUGAGCGAACGUCGUUUGACCGGACAAAACGAGCAAGUGGCAAACGCGAGGAAGUGCCCAGUUCGGGGGAGUGCAGAAGCGCGUGUGUGCCGAAAAGUUGCGUUCUUCAUUCGUCGUGCUACUCGCGCCACCUCUCCCUCGUGCGGCCCUACCGCUAAUCGUACGGCGAACGCGCACACGGACAAUGGAUCAUAGAACGUAUUGCGCGCGAUUGACGUUCCAUAACCUUGAGAAGGUGCCUAAUGACUUACGCACGCUUACACCGCCGCAGCGCACGCUAUUACUACUAGUCAUCCAAAAAAUCGCGGGGCUUUUGCGAUUAUCCAACAGCGAUUUCUGAUUCAUCCGGCAGUCGUUGACGUCUGUGCCUAGCAGUAGCAAAUACAAUAAAAAAAAACGAGCAGAGGUAAACAAAAAAAAGUGUACCCAACCACUCCCUCUCUGCGUUAGAGGAACGAGCAAAGUGGAAUCGUAGCUGUGAAUAAUUUGUAAGGUUUACUAGCGUGAUAAAAGCAAUACACUAUAAGGCAAAACUGAAAAGGAGUUCAAAACUUUACAAAAAAAAUCUAAUAUAUUUGUAUCCUACUGGUAGCAACAAGCUUUUUUAGACACGUGUGCCUAGGAAGUCAACACGCGAACAAUCAUGUGAUUAGCUUCUUAAAAGUUUCAUUUAAGAUCGUCUCAAUCCAUUUUUCGUUCAUCCAACAAUCGAUCCUCAUAUUUUGUUUCGCACAAAAUACUUUGCCCCUAGGAGCGCCAUCCUGUACAUAUAUAUGAUUUAAUUAUUGAUUUUUUUCCACGAAAAAAGCAAAAGCAACAAGCGCGACAUUAAUCACGAAUGUCUUCCAUUAGCCAGGGAAAAAAAAUUGAUUACUGCAGCAGUUGAAGUGAGGUUAUACAAGUAGAUAGCCCCAGCCAUGUGAAGGUCGCGAAUCAUUUUUAUUUUCUAUUGGCCCAAGUGCGCGAGCUUAAAUCACUACAAGAUAUACAGUUUAGAAGAGAGAGAGAAAAAAAAAACCAACGCAUGCCGUGCAGUGCGCUUUGAGGUCACAUUUUUGUAAAUUUCCUCAUCCUAUUUUAUUUUUUAAUUCAAUUUACUUGUACGUUGCUAGUUGGUAAGAUUAGCCGAUAGGUGAACAGCAAAAAACACACGAUAGGCAUUACUAUUUAUAGAAAACAGAACAACUACAACAGACAACAAAAAUACCCAAGAUAUGAAGCAAUUUUUAAUUUGGUUUAGAGCAAUCCUACAGCAAUUUUAAUACAAGCGUAGAUGUGUAUCAUAUAUUAAUAGUAGAGAUGAUGAAAGAAUUAUUUUAUAGAAACACAGAUGAUGUGAAAAUCAAUGAAUAUAUAAACUUUACAAAUGAA